CUUUUCUUUUUUUUUUCUUUCUCGUAUUAUCUUUCUUUCUUUCUCGAAACCGUCGCGUGUCCGUUCCUUUUUGACGCGCCUCUCUUUCUAUAUUACAAACAUACACUACUGACACGCGUACACAUAUACAUACAUACAUACAUACAAAUACAUUUGCUGUCCCUUUCUCUUUCUUUUCUCUCUCUCUCUUUCUCUUUUUCUCUUUUUUUUCUUUUCUUUUCCCCGAUAUCUCGGUCAGUUUCCGUUAUUGUCGCGAAGAGAGUCAUACAACCUGAGUGUGUGUGAGAGAGAGAGAGAGAGAUACGUAAGGAACACCCACGUUUAGUAAGGAACGUGAGAUAUACACGGAAGAAGGAUGAACGACAUGGAGGCAUACGGGGACGGAUACAUGGAGCCCGAGGAGGAGUGGGAGAGAGAAGGUCUCUUGGACCCGGCCUGGGAGAAACAACAGAAAAAGACAUUCACAGCAUGGUGUAAUUCACAUCUUCGUAAAGCAGGCACUGCCAUUGAAUCGAUCGAAGACGACUUUCGAAAUGGGUUGAAACUGAUGUUGCUGUUAGAAGUUAUUUCAGGAGAAACCCUUCCACGACCUGAUAGAGGCAAAAUGAGAUUUCAUAAGAUUGCUAAUGUGAAUAAAGCCCUUGACUAUAUUGCAAGUAAAGGGGUCAAAUUAGUCUCUAUUGGAGCAGAAGAGAUUGUUGAUGGUAAUUUAAAAAUGACAUUGGGUAUGAUAUGGACUAUCAUUCUGAGAUUCGCUAUCCAAGAUAUUUCCGUGGAGGAAAUGACAGCAAAAGAAGGGUUGUUACUUUGGUGUCAACGUAAAACAGCACCGUAUAAGAACGUUAAUGUUCAAAACUUCCACUUAUCCUUCAAAGAUGGUCUUGCAUUCUGUGCUCUCAUUCAUCGUCAUCGUCCCGAUCUGAUCGAUUACAAUAAACUUAGCAAGGACAAUCCUUUGGAGAAUUUGAAUACUGCCUUUGAUGUUGCUGAGAAAUAUUUGGACAUUCCUCGCAUGUUGGAUCCUGAUGAUUUGAUCAACACUCCCAAGCCUGAUGAGCGAGCAAUCAUGACCUACGUCUCCUGCUACUACCAUGCCUUCCAAGGUGCUCAGCAGGCUGAAACAGCGGCGAAUAGAAUCUGUAAGGUUUUGAAAGUAAACCAAGAAAAUGAAAGACUGAUGGAAGAAUAUGAACGUUUGGCGUCCGAUUUACUUGAAUGGAUUCGUCGUACGAUGCCCUGGCUCGCUAGUCGUCAAACGGACAAUUCUCUUGCUGGUUGUCAAAAGAAAUUAGAAGAAUAUAGGACAUAUCGUCGUAAGCACAAACCUCCUCGUGUCGAGCAAAAAGCUAAACUUGAAACUAACUUUAAUACUCUGCAAACUAAGCUGAGAUUGAGCAAUCGUCCCGCUUAUAUGCCAACCGAAGGAAAAAUGGUAUCAGAUAUUAACAAAGCUUGGAAAGGCUUAGAAUUAGCAGAAAAAUCAUUUGAAGAAUGGUUGUUAUCCGAAAUGAUGCGUUUAGAACGAUUAGAGCAUUUGGCUCAAAAGUUUAAGCACAAAGCUGAUGCUCACGAAGAUUGGACAGCAGGUAAAGAAGAAAUGCUAACGUCACAGCAUUUCAGACAAUGUAAGUUGAACGAGUUAAAGGCCUUAAAAAAGAAACACGAGGCCUUCGAAUCGGAUCUUGCAGCUCAUCAAGAUCGCGUCGAACAGAUUGCUGCUAUUGCUCAAGAAUUGAAUACAUUAGAAUAUCAUGAUAGCGCAUCUGUAAAUGCUAGAUGUCAACGAAUUUGUGAUCAAUGGGAUCGUUUGGGUACAUUAACUCAACGUAGACGUCAAGCACUUGACGAAGCGGAACGUAUUUUAGAAAAGAUCGAUGUAUUACAUUUGGAAUUUGCAAAACGAGCUGCACCGUUUAAUAAUUGGUUAGAUGGAACCAGAGAAGAUCUUGUUGAUAUGUUUAUUGUACAUACAAUGGAAGAGAUUCAAGGUUUGAUGGAUGCACAUGCUGCGUUCAAAGCAACUCUAGGUGAAGCCGAUAAAGAAUACAAUGCAAUUGUGGGAUUAGUACGAGAAGUUGAAUCAAUAGUUAAGCAGUUCCAGAUUCCUGGUGGCCUUGAAAAUCCGUAUACUACUCUUACCGCUUUGGAUUUAACUAAAAAAUGGAGUGACGUACGGCAACUAGUACCACAACGUGAUGGUACAUUACAAGCUGAACUUCGCAAGCAGCAAAAUAAUGAAUUGCUUCGACGACAAUUUGCUGAAAAAGCAAAUGCUGUUGGACCAUGGAUAGAACGACAAUUGGAUGCAGUUACUGCUAUUGGUUUGGGACUACAGGGUACAUUGGAAGAUCAAUUGCAUCGUUUGAAAGAAUACGAACAAGCCGUUUAUCAAUACAAGGCACAUCUCGAAGAAUUAGAAAAGAUUCAUCAAGCUGUUCAAGAAGGCAUGAUCUUUGAAAAUCGCUAUACACAAUAUACCAUGGAAACAUUGAGAGUUGGUUGGGAACAAUUACUAACAUCAAUCAAUCGUAAUAUCAAUGAAGUUGAGAAUCAAAUUCUUACGAGAGAUUCUAAGGGUAUUACUCAAGAACAACUUAACGAAUUCCGAAGCAGUUUCAAUCACUUUGAUAAAAACAGAACAGGUAGAUUGGCUCCAGAUGAGUUCAAAUCUUGUCUGGUUUCUUUGGGAUAUUCUAUUGGAAAAGAUAGGCAGGGUGAUAUUGACUUCCAACGAAUCUUGGCAAUCGUUGAUCCUAAUAAUUCAGGUUACGUGCACUUCGAUGCAUUCUUAGACUUUAUGACACGCGAAUCUACAGACACCGAUACAGCAGAACAAGUGAUCGAUAGUUUCCGCAUUCUUGCUGGUGAUAAGCCAUAUAUUCUACCUGAUGAAUUGAGGAGAGAAUUACCACCUGAUCAAGCCGAAUAUUGUAUCCAACGAAUGCCACCAUACAAAGGUCCUAAUGCAAUUCCCGGAGCAUUAGAUUAUCGCUCCUUCUCAACUGCAUUGUAUGGUGAAUCAGACCUCUAAUUUCAUAUUACAAUGAUAUAUUAAUUAUUUGGACAAACUACAAAUUGUUUUGCAUCAUUGGAAAAGAAAAAAAAAAAAAGAAAAGAAAAGAAA